CUCCUCCCUCCAUCCAUGUCCUCUCGAAAGCGCCCUCGUGGCGUUGAUCCCGCCAACGAAGAUUCCGAGGAAGACGACAAUAUUGACCCUCAACUCAGGCUAAGGACCGUUCGGACCGCGGCUUCAGCAAUAGCAGAGAGUAUUGUUGCAGAUGACCGACAAACUCGACGUCGCCGUCGCUUCUUUCGUUCUCGAGGCGAGAAGUACAAGGAGAGACGGCUGGAGGAGGGCAAGCCCCAGCCUGGUGGCAAGCCGAGAAAUAUAUAUGUCAACACUCCACUACCCCGCGCAGAGCUGGACAGCAAUGGCGACCCUACUGUUAGAUACCCACGGAAUAAAGUCCGGACAGCCAAAUAUACCCCGUUGACCUUCGUUCCUAAGAAUCUGUACGAGCAGUUCCGUCGCAUCGCCAAUAUCUUCUUCCUGAGUGUUGUUGUCUUCCAAGUCUUUCCCGUCUUUGGUGCUGCUGCGGGUUCUGUUGCCGUGUUACCCCUGGCCUUCAUCUUGACCGUGACCGCCAUCAAGGAUGGCAUUGAAGACUACCGUCGGGGUAAUUUGGAUGACGAGGUUAACAACUCGCCAACCACGCGCCUUCCUCUCAAGAACCCAAACCAACCUCGGGACCCUCGCUCCUUCUUCGAAAAGAUGCUUGGCAUGAAUAAGCCUGGGUCUGUCAGUCGAGGUGUUCGCAAGUUGCGGGCGACAGAGGCAGCUUCUGUUCCCUUCGGCAGUCAGAAUUCACUCAAUGUCGAUGCUCGAAGCUUAGAUGGUCUUCGUGACGAUCGUAGCACUCACACCAACGCCACCUCACACUCAUAUCCCCCUCCCCCAGUUCUCGAUCCCAAUAUACGACCGGGUGCGGCACAAUGGGAACGCACUUUGUGGAAAAAGCUUGAUGUUGGUGAUCUGGUACUCCUGAGAGACAACGAGCAAGUCCCCGCCGACAUUAUAGUCCUCGCCACCUCUGACCCCGAUGGAAACUGCUACCUCGAAACCAAGAAUCUGGAUGGAGAGACUAACCUAAAGCUGCGGAAAGCACUGACGGCGACCCGCGGUAUGUCAUGUAACGAAGAAGAAGUUCAGCGGGCACGCUUCGUUUUGGAAUCGGAGCCCCCAAGCCAGAAUUUGUACCUAUACAAUGGGGUGCUCCGGUAUCGAGACUACUCUUCAGUCAAUUCGAAUUUCUCCAGCGUCCAUGCUCACGCCAACAACAACAUGCAUUACAAUGCCGAUUUUCAUGGCUCUGGUCGACAACCUAAUGCAAACGCAGGGCCGGAGGACCGUGCAGAGCCCGUCAGCAUCAACGAAAUGUUGUUGCGAGGCUGCAUGCUUCGAAAUACCGCUUGGGUUGUUGGUCUCGUUGUCUUCACAGGCUCGGACACCAAGAUCAUGAUGAAUGGUGGUGAUACCCCCAGUAAACGCAGCAAAAUCGAACGGGAAACCAACUUUAAUGUUGCGGUCAACUUCGGUGUUCUGCUCAUAAUGUGCAUUCUUGUCACAAUCUUUUAUGGUCUUGAAGACGCGCGAGACUCCACUAGCAAGCGCUUCUACGAAAUCGGCGCGGAUCCCACCAACAUUGUGGCCUUGAACUCACUUGUUACCUUCGUAUCUUGCAUCAUCGCUUUCCAGAAUAUUGUCCCAAUUUCCUUGUACAUAUCCAUCGAAAUAGUCAAGACCAUCCAGGCAUUCUUCAUUUCCCAGGAUAUCGACAUGUACUAUGAGGGUUACGAUACCCCGUGUGUCCCCAAGACAUGGAAUAUCAGCGACGACCUCGGUCAAAUCGAAUAUGUCUUUUCCGAUAAAACUGGUACUUUGACACAGAAUGUCAUGGAGUUUAAGAAAUGCUCUGUGAAUGGUGUUGCUUACGGAGAAGGUGUCACCGAAGCCCAGAGAGGAGCUGCAACCCGGGCAGGCAAAGCAGACACUGUGGAUCCGGAGGAGCUCGAUGCCAAACUUGCUGGUCUAAAGCAAAACAUGAUCACGACAAUGGAACGCGGUUGGGCUAAUCCAUAUCUUCGUACCGACAAACUCACUUUGGUUUCACCCGCGCUUGCCAACAACUUGGCGGACCAGUCUUCAGCAGACAAGCCUCAUCUCAUCCAGUUUUUCCGUGCUCUUUCGCUUUGUCACACAGUACUGUCGGAGCGGCAGGGUGGCACAUUCGAUGACGACAAGAGCUCGAUUAAACUGGAAUAUAAGGCUGAGAGCCCCGACGAAGCUGCACUCGUUGCUGCUGCACGUGAUGUCGGUUUUGCCUUCGUUAACAAGGGUCGGGAGAUGGUCGAGAUUUCAGUUCUGGGUGUUACUGAACGGUGGACAUUGCUUCGAGUGUUGGAAUUCAACUCGACCCGCAAGCGAAUGAGCUGCAUUUACCGAUCGCCUGAGGGUAAAAUUGUCAUGUUCAGCAAGGGUGCCGACAGCGUCAUGUACGCUCGUCUGGCUUCUGACCACGACCAAGUUCUCAAGGACGCAACACAGAGAGAUAUGGAAGUGUUUGCAAACUCGGGACUGCGAACUCUCUGUGUGGCCUGGCGAAUUUUGACGCAGGACGAGUAUGCUCAGUGGAGUCGAACCUACGAGGAGGCUGCAAACCGAGUAGAGGGGCGUGAUGAAGCGAUUGAGGCGACAUGUGAUCAACUCGAGCGCAAUUUUACCAUUCUUGGUGCAACUGCGCUGGAGGACAAGCUGCAGGAGGGUGUUCCGGAGGCAAUUGAACUUUUGCAUCAGGCCGGCAUCAAGCUUUGGAUUCUCACGGGUGAUAAGCUUCAAACCGCUAUCGAAAUUGGAUACAGCUGUAAUCUCCUCAAGCCUGACAUGGAUUUAAUGAUCCUUUCUGCGGAGUCACAGCAACAAGCACGGUCCCAAAUCGAAGCCGGUCUCAACAAAAUAGCUUCAGUUUAUGGUCCGCCCUCAUGGAAUCCGAAGCAGCGUGGUUUUGUUCCAGGCGCUAAAGCUUCUUUUGCCGUCGUUAUCGAUGGGGACACAUUAACCCAUGCACUCAAGCCAGACUUGAAAGAGAUGUUCUUGAACCUCGGCACUCAGUGUGAAACUGUCGUUUGCUGUCGUGUGUCUCCAGCUCAGAAAGCGCUGACGGUGAAGCUUGUCAAGGAUGGUCGUAAUGCCAUGACCUUGUCCAUUGGUGAUGGGGCGAAUGAUGUUGCCAUGAUCCAAGAGGCUAACAUUGGCUGUGGUUUAUUCGGACUGGAGGGCUCACAGGCGGCGAUGUCUGCAGAUUAUGCCUUCGGUCAAUUCCGUUUCCUCACCAAACUCCUGCUCGUCCAUGGUCGUUGGUCCUACCAACGGAUCGCAGAGAUGCACGCCAACUUUUUCUACAAGAACGUCGUCUGGACUUUUGGGCUGUUCUGGUUCAUGCCCUUCAACAGUUUCGAUGCGACGUACUUGUACCACUACACAUUCGUUUUGCUCUGCAAUCUUGCUUUCACGUCCCUUCCUGUCAUUGUCAUGGGCGCCUUCGACCAAGACAUCAAUGCACGUGCUGCCCUGGCAUUCCCUCAGCUUUACGUUCGCGGUAUUCGCGGUUUGGAGUACACGCGAGCCAAAUUCUGGUUGUACAUGUUCGAUGGAUUUUUCCAAUCCGCUGUCAUGUUCUUUAUCCCUUACUGCAUCUGGACAUUGGGAUUGGCUGUGUCCUGGAAUGGAAGAGGAAUCGACUCGCUUGCUGAUUUUGGGACCACUGUUGCAGUGGCGGCCAUCUUUACGGCAAACUCCUAUGUCGGCAUGAACUCCAACUACUGGACGGUACUCACCUGGAUAGUUGUCUACGGAUCGACAAUCGUGAUGAUGUUGUGGAUCGUCAUCUUCUCUUUCUUCUACAGUGUGGACUUCAUCGAUGAAGUUGUCGUGUUAUUCGGGGAGUUGACGUUCUGGACGACAGCCUGCUUUGCAUCGACAGUUGCUCUCGCACCCCGGUUCAUCAUCAAGUACUACAUGACCGUCUAUCAUCCAUUGGACAAAGACAUCGUGCGGGAGAUGUGGGUGAAGGGAGACCUGAAAGAUCAGCUUGGUAUUUCUCACCGCAAUGGGAAACGGCGUGGUGGUGGUGCGCCAAUCGUGGACCAUACAUCCAGCCAAGAGCUAGAAACCGCACCAAUGUUCUCGGAUCAACAUGCACGAUCGCUUUCAGAGCUCUCCAAUCACCAAUAUGAGCCUGCCAACACUUCGAGUCCUGGGAUGACUGGCGGACUGUCAAGUGUAGCUCACUACUCUGACACCACACCGCCAAACGAGGAACAGUCACAGUUUUUGUAUGCGCCGCAACCGCAACAUGGGCACCAAAGCCCUACCAGUCCUCGCGGAUCAUAUUAUUCUGUUUCCGAACUUCCUCCUCCAUCUCCAAUGCCGUCGCCUAAGUAUAGGCUAACGACUGGGGAAGUUACGACCACACCACCUAGUCGACGAACCAGUGUUGCGACGACAAGGACAAGCAUGAGAGUUGGGAGAGGUACACAACCAAUGGGGGCUUUUAACGAUAUGCCACCACAAUCCCCCCAACAACGGAUGCUGACCACACCGAAUGCUCACCAGCAAACAUUUGAGAUGUCGCAACGAAGUCCGCCUCCGUCUUCUUUCCCUGCACCACCAGCUUCUGCCACGGGGCAUUCGGUGAGGUCGGCAAGUGCUGCAAGCUACGCGAGCUUCGCUACAGCACAAGAAGGCGACUUUGACGAUGAAUCGACAGCAUAUCACGACCACCAACAGGGUGGGCUGAAUGUCCAGGAUCAUGAUCCACAUCGGGGCUGGCGAGAGAGUCAAUCGUCAUGGGACGGCGGAAGGGCAUUGUGA